AUGGCGCAGAGCACACUGGAGAGCUAUGUCCAGCACCUCCUCAACGACCCGCUGAACUGGCUGUUCCGACUACUCCAGAACCUGCUCGCUUUCGUCCUCUCUCCUGCCCCGCCGACUCCCUCCACGCAACUUAGCCGGCCUCGCAUUGCAGUCAUCGGAGCUGGUCUCACCGGAGUCUCCUCUGCAUCCCACUGCGUUGGCCAUGGAUUCGAUGUCACGAUCUUCGAAGCUGGCGACGAAGACUCUCUCGGAGGCAUCUGGGCCAAGGUCAACAAUACUUCAGGCCUGCAGAUCCACAGCGUGAUGUAUCGCUUCCAUCCUAGUGUGACAUGGAGCGAAGGAUACCCGAGUCGAGGAGAAAUCGUCAAAGCUGUAAAGGAUGUCUGGAAGAAAUAUGGUCUUGAGAAGAAAACCAAGUUCAACACGAGAGUUGAGAAGGUCUAUCAGGACAAGCAGGGUCGCUGGAUCAUCAACAACGAGAGCAAUGGACGAUACGACGGUGUGAUCGCGGCGGUUGGAACCUGUGGAGAUCCGAAGAAGCCCCAAAUGCCCGGACAAGAGAAGUUCAAGGGCAAGAUCUUCCAUUCGAGCCAGCUAGAUGGCAAAGAGAAUGACGCAAAGGGAAAGAAAGUACUUGUCAUCGGCGGCGGAGCCAGUGCCAUUGAGGCAAUGGAAUUCACUACCGCAGCUGGUGCCGAAAAGACAUACAUCCUAUCACGAUCUGAGAAAUGGAUUAUACCUCGUAAUCCAAUCAUCGACAUCCUCCUGGCAUUGAACAUCUUCGGCCAGGAAACCAUUUUCUCCUGGAUACCCGAGAAACUCCUUCGCCUCUUCUUCUAUCGCGACCUGUCAGACAUCGCACCCGCCAAGAAUAGCGGCAAGGGCAUCUUCAUGGAGACGCCCAUGGUCAACAACGACGUACUGGAACAAAUCCGAUCAUGCAAAGCAAGCUGGCUUCGCGGAGACAUCAAGAACUUCGAGGAGAACGGCAUCAAAUUCAAUCACAGAAGCCAAGGUGUACCCAAAAAUGGCCCUGGUCGCGAAGAACUCAUCGAAGGCGACAUAUGCAUCCUAGCCACCGGAUACGAACGCCCGUCGCUCAGCUUUUUACCCGACGAAUGCUUCGAAGACAACUACGAGCCACCAAACUGGUACCUCCAAGUCUUCCCGCCCAAGCACGUGUCCAUCUGCGCAAACAAUUGUACUUACGUCAAUGCCAUCGGUGCAGUGGGAAAUUGGCACAUUGGAAUCUAUACUCGAUUCCUGCUCAUGUUUCUGGUUGAUCCUUUGGCACGUCCUACCGAAGGCCUCAUGAAACUCUGGAUAGACUUCACGAGAUGGGUCAAGAGGUUUGCCCCGACGGGGGCUUUCGACUUCUUCACGUAUUCGGAGCUCGUGUAUUGGUUCGUCUUUGUCAUUUUGAUCAAUCCUUUCCGAUGGAAAUGGGCAUUGUUCGUGCUUACGGGACGAGGCGCUGCUCUGCCUAAAGCAGUUGUUGAGCAAGAGGGUCGAUUCCGGGAGAAGACAGGGAAGAAAGUGGAGUGA